AUGGCGCCCCUCGUCUCGCCUCGUCUCGCCUCGGCAAACCUCCCCGGCGGCGGCGGCGGUACUGGCGGCGACCCGUCUCGACCUUCCGAGACGAGCGGCACCACCGACCUCUUCUUCGGCACGAUCCACCUGUACCGCGAGCUCGGCGCCGGGGCGAGCACCGUCGCCGACAAGCGCAAGGCCAAGGAGGACGACGACGGUCGCGCCGUCGGCCUCGUGAGCGUCCCGGGCGUCCUCAACGCGGCCGCCCUCCUCGAGUUCAUCGCGCCGGCGCUCGACGACGUCGAGCAAGUGCGCAUGCUCCGCGACGCGACGCCGAACCGGUCGCUCGUCCUCGUGCGCUUCCACGACGCGGCAAAGGCCAACGAGUUCCGCCGCAUGUACGACGGCCGCCCGUACCACGACUCGAAGGACAGCGCGAUCUGCCACGUCGUGUCCAUCUCUAGCGUCAAGCUCAAGGCGACGUCGACGCCGCCGUUCACGUUCCCGACCUUCUCGGGCGCGGGCGAGACGAGCGGCGCGAGCCCGCCCAUCGACCCGGUGUCGGGCCGAGAGCUCGUCGAGUUGCCGACGUGCCCCGUCUGCCUCGACACGCUCGACGCGAGGGCCAACGGCGGCCUCGUCAGCGUCUUGUGCGGCCACUCGUUCCACUGCUCGUGCCUCUUGCGGUGGCGCGACUCGAGAUGCCCCGUCUGCCGCUACUCGAACGCGCGCCAGCGCCGCAACACGGCCUCGGAGGCGAGCGACGCCAAGUGCGCCGUGUGCCAGAGCCCGUCCAACCUGUGGAUCUGCGUCAUCUGCGGCAACGUCGGCUGCGGUCGCUACCAGGGCGGGCACGCGCACUCGCACUUUGGCGAGACGGGCCACUCGUACUCGCUCGAGAUCAGCACCGGGCGCAUCUGGUCGUACCUCGACGACGAGUACGUUCACCGCCUCAUCCGCCUGCGCCCGUCCGACUCGUCGCCCGCCAACGACGGCCGCCUCAUCGAGCUCCCUUCCCUCCCCGUUCCCUCGCGUCCUGCCGGCCCAACCACGCCCGACACCGAGGACCUGAGCCUCAAGAUUGCCGCCUCUGCUUCGG